UUUCGUAACUUCGUUGUUUAUUGUGAUGUUUUCGCCGUUUAGAUAUCAAAACUCAGUAUUUCAAUUGUUUUAAUUAGUAGUACUUAUAAAGUACAGUGUUUCUCGAGUUAUUAGUUAGAACCAAGCCACUUCUUACGCGAUGUAGGUUUAUAUUUACUAUAUUGUAAGUACUACAAUUUUUUUCUAGAGGACAUCAGUUUAUGUCAUAAUCAUGAUACAAAGUUAAACGCAAUAUUAAGGUCAUAUUAAGGUAAACACUGUGAGGACAAUGUAUACGAACUGAGAGCCAAUUACAGUUUUCCCAAGAAACCGAUAAACAGAAAGCAUGGUCACAUAAAGAAGUUAGUAAAUCUUACAAAUCAUAUUCAUAACACAAUAAAGUGACAAAACUACAGAGGAAAAUGGCAGCAAAUCAUGAUGUUUCAACAGACUAUCAAUACACAAUCCUAGACAUGUUAAACGCAGAUUGCUGGCGCGAAAUUCUUGGCUAUAUACCAGUUGAAGAAAUAAUCAGAUCUGAGCGAGUCAGUCGCCGAUGGCGGGACCGAAUGAUAGAAUAUAUGCAAGGUGUGAAUCUCUCCGUAGAAUACUUAAGACCCUGCAUAAUCAACAUAUUAAGCUGGGACCGGCACCCAAACAGCAGGCACUUGACCCUGGACCGCGAAGACCAGCCGGGCAAGCGGUGGUUUGAGGCCAUGCUGACCAAGCUCGGGGAGAACAUAGUUUUUAUUGGCACGGACAGGAUUGUUGACUUCGAUAUUGCUAAUAUCACUUGGCAUUGUCCUAACCUUGAGAUUCUGUUGCUUUGCAGCAUAGAAUACUAUCUUCCUCUGGACCAGCUGAAAUGUUGCAAACGCCUGAAACGGAUAUCUUUGCAUACAUGCACGAUACCAGACGAAUACAUUUGCCAGGUCUUAAGCGUUGUUCCCAUCGAGGAGCUAGUGAUAAACAACGCCAGCUACGUAUCUGGCAUGUUUCUAUCCGAGCCGAAGAACACCAAACUGAAGUCCCUGACGAUAUCCGCUUGCUAUUUGCUGAUGACGGAUUUCUUUAGGACGGCGGUGGAUUUGGACGAGUUGACGAAGUUAGAGUUGACUCUUAAUAGUGUUGAGGUAUACAGAAAUGUCCAUUUACUUCUACGCAACACACCAAACUUAGAAUAUCUAAAAUUAGUAUCUUUCGACAAGAAAAUUAACGUAGGGAGUGAAUUCUCAGAUGCUCUCAGUAACUUAAGUAAGCUUAAACAUUUCUAUGGAAGAUAUAUAAAUAAUUCGCACGAAGGUUGGCUGGAAGACGUCGCCGUUGGAUGUAAGGAGUUGAGGACUUUGGAUAUUGGGAAUUGUACGGGUGUCACAGCAAGUAGUGUAAUAACUCUCUGCCGAUCAGCGGGGCCAAAUCUAACAGAGCUCGGGGUCGCUUGGAACACUGAGCUUACAGACAGCGACCUGGCUGCGUGUUUGAAAUACUGCCCUAAUCUAGAGGUUCUGGACGUGCAGGGGUGCGUGCAGGUGUCACCAGAGUUGGUGCAGUGCGCGGUGCGGCGCGCGCGGCCGCUGCGCAUGCGGCUGCGCAGGACCAAAGUGCCCUACGACAUGAGGUCAAAAUGCCCUUGGGUGGAUCUCGACUUCGAGUACUAAUACCUAAAUCUACGAGCAAGGCCUGUGAAAGAUUGGAUCAUGAUCUGCAUUUGUACAGAAUAAAUAAUAAUAUAACCGCACAGAAAGGAAACUUCCUACAAAACCGAAGUUUGACAGCGGUUCAGGGUCGAAUCAUUGCUGUCCCUUUAUAAUAUAUGUUACUAUCCCUUUCGGGUAUUUAGGGUUGUCAAAAUUCAAGCUAUUAUCUUAUCUGUCGUCGUGCACGCAAAGAAACGUCAAGUUGUGUCAACCCUGAUAAUUGCUCGGAGCAAUGCUGAGCCGAGCGAAGCCGAGUUUGCCCGAAGUCAGGAGUUUAGCACGCCUGCACCAAGACGCACCUCGUCGCCAAAAGUUCGUCAAAAACGAGAAAUAUAUGCGUCAUUAUCUGAGGGCCUACCGCGAACCACGUUCAACGUGUUGCCUCCCUGUCACACUUAC